AUGAAAGAGAGCCUUAGUCUCUGCCAAACUCUUAAAGAGCAUGGUGAUUCGGUUAGUUUGAUUUCCUGGUCACCAUGUGGAACACGACUCGCAUUAGCAACCGAUGAUAAGACAGUUAAGAUCUGGGAUCCGGCCACUGGCCAGAGUUCAAGAUAUCAGCUCGAUUGCAUGGUCGCCAGAUGGAACCCAACUCGCAUCAACUUAGGAUAUGGGAUCCGGCCACCGGCUAGAAGGCAUAAUAGUUGGGUAAGGUCGAUUGCCUGGUCACCCGAUGGAACCAGACUCGCAUUAGUAUCUACUGAUAAUACGAGAGUCAAGAUCUGGGAAUUAGACAGGGAUUCGGACACUUGCCAGAGUGUGUCUACUCUAAAGGGGCAUAAGUUCUGGGUCAGUUCGAUUGACUGGUCACCAGAUGGAAACCGACUCGCAUCAGCGUCCUAUGAUAACACAGUUAUAAUCUGGGAUAUGGUCACCUAUCAAGAUUAUCCACCCUCGAGGGACAUAAUGAUGAGGUCAGGUCAAUCACCUGGUCACCAGAUGGAACCCGACUCGCAUCAGCGCUUUUGGAUUGCUCAUGAAGACGCGGCUGUGCCGCCGAUAUCCCUGAAAAGCCUAGAGAAUCGACUUUCUGGCACUGAUAAGGAAUAUUUUCUCCAUUUCCUUAGUUCCAUGCUUAAGUGGCUACUGGAAGAGCGAAGGACCGCGAGGCAGCUGCUUGACGAUCCUUGGCUGCUCUGA